AUCUAGUAACGUAUUCACCUUCGAGUGGAUAACCAGUGAUUAUUAGCCUUAACCUACAACUACCAACCAUACGAAAACCUGAGGCAGCCGCUGCCUCGACCAGAUCGUUACACUAUUCUACCUUCAUCACUAUGGGAAUUUUUACGGUACGACCAGGCUCACCAGUUAAUCUUGAUGUACUCACCGCUACGGCUAGUGACUUGAGGAGGCAACUUCAGGAUGGCAAGGUGAAUUCGGUCCAGCUUGUGGAUUUAUACCUGAGCCAAAUCGAGAGACACAAUCAUCGAGGCCUGAAAUUGAAUCAAAUGAUAAGCACAGCACCCAAAAGAAUCCUACUCGAAAUCGCAAAAUCUCUUGAUGACGAGUGUGCUGCUGGGAAUAUCAGGGGCCCUCUCCAUGGCAUUCCAAUUACCGUGAAGGUAAGCUACCGAACUAUGGUAAAGGAAUUCAUCUAAGCCAUAUUUAGGACAAUAUUUGCACUGAUAAGUCUCUCGGAAUGGAGACUACUUGUGGCUCAUAUGCUUUGGUUGGUUCUUUUCCCUAGCGUAAUGCUCCUACCGUCGAUCACGUAGGUGAAGUCCUAGCUUCAAGCGCUGAACGACGUGCUAAAAUGUCGUCUAGCUUUUGAAAGCAGGUAUGAUCGUUAUAGGAAAGGAAAAAUUAUCGGUAGGCGAUUUACCAUUCUCUAUUCGUGUGGCUACUAAUCACUGCGGUCAUAGGAAAUGAGUGGUUGGAAAGGAUUUGCAAUAACGACAGGAUGGUCGGCGGUAGGAGGACAAACACAGUCACCGUAUAUCGUUGGAGGACUUGCUAAGGGAGAGGAACUACUCGGGCAGACUUUUAGUAUCAGAAAAAUACUUCUCACUCAAAUAGUGGCAUGAACUAUUCCUCCGAAGGCUCCAGCCGGCUUUGCACCACUAGCAAUCGCAACCGAGACAGACGGAUCAAUCACGCAGCCUGCAAACCGUGCAGCACUAUUCGGCAUAAAGGUAACCGUGGGUCGUGCAUCAACCGAAGGUACAGUCCCUUGGUCUGCCUUAACAGACAGUGUGGGUGGUAUGGCGAAGUCGGCACAAGACUUGGCAGACCAGGUAGAUGUCAUCCUUGGCACAAAUAUCACUUCAACUUUGAGCACAAGUUGGCAAGGUCAAACUGUUGGCUUUGUGGAUGAUACACUCUGGGGAUUCUCCGACUUUAUUUGCGCCCCAGAUCCUGUCCUCAUUACUCAACAACGCGAAGCUUACAUGGAUACGAAGAAGAAGCUCAUUGAACACGGAGCGAUCUUGCACGAAAACGUUCCUCUGACUUCCAUGGAUGAGCUUCAACUCGAUGGUGGUGAUGCUCUCGAUCAACUAUGGAGUAGGUUGUAGCCUUUCUCCGUGCCAAUAAUUAUAUUUUAAUCUCAUACAGACCAUGAUUAUGCGAAAGCGUGGGAGGAGUUCUUGGAAAACUUUCCUACAGCUCAAUGAAAAGCAUUGCGGACAUCGUAAAAUUCAACAAACUCAAUGCAAAGGUUGCCCUGCCUGCGGGUAAGUGAACGUGUGAUCCAUUCUGUUUGAGUAUAACUGAUUGUUGUGAAGAGCAUUCAGGCCAGCAACUGCUGGCACGUGCCUUGGAAGACAAAAUGUCUGAGGAAAAGUACGCUGAAGGAGUAUCAUUAGUACGUGAAGCAGCCAAGACGAAUAGAAUUGACAAGACAAUACAUCAAUUUGGUCUUGAUGUGAUUGUUGGACCCAUGGAUGGCCGCAUACCUACCAUUGCCGCCGCAGCAGGAUACCCUGUAGGCACUGUUCCCUUGGGCUACUCUCAGACAAAUGGGCGUCCAUUUGGACUUGCUGUUGUUGCUCUGGCUAACGAGGAGUACAAGAUGUUGCAAUUCAUGACUGCAUGGGAUGAACUCAUGCCAUUACGUUUACCCCCUCCGCAACUAAUGAAUUGGAAUGCUCCCUGAGCAAUCUAAACAUCUUGGCUCAGCUUUCAAGCCAGGAAACAAAUACUUUGGAGGCAACCCUCGAAAGUUGUGAUGGCUAAGAGAGGGUAGCUUUGGUAUGGUUGAUGUAUGUUGGGGAUGACUUUAGCAACACAAAAUUGUCUCGUUUAUGGUACAGACUAAUCAUAGUAGAAGACUUGAAUAACCCCAUGAAACCGAAUUUGUUAUUCAAGUACUUUUCA